AUGUUGAGACUUGAAACCAUUCAAGGUGUUCUUGUUCUGCGUCCGCACACGCCUGAUUCGGAUUUAAAACGAGAGUUUUUCUCGAAAUGGCAUAAGAUUACUGGUGCUCCUUUGGCUCUACACACGUAUGGUCUCUAUGCUUAUGACUCGGUUAUGCUGUUAGAUCGUGGUUUAGAUAAGUACUUCAAAGACGGUGGGAAGAUAUCGUUUUCUAAUGACUCAAUGCUUGAUGCUUUGGGGAAAAGUGGAAGUCUCAACUUAGAAGUCUCAGUCGGCAUGCCUUGUCGCGUAAGUUACAAGGAGUUUGUCUCGCAGAUUCGUGGAACUGAGAAUAUGUUCAAAGGGUUCUGCAUUGAUGUAUUCACAGCUGCAGUGAAUCUCUUACCGUAUGCAGUCCAUGUCAAGUUUAAUCCUAGCUACACGCAUAUGGUUGAGAUGAUAACAAGUGGUGUGAGUGCAUAUUACGUUCUUUUUCUGAUAAUUCUUUGUUAUCAUUUCUGCUUACUAUUGAAAAUGGAAUCACUGCAGAAUUUUGAUGGUGUAGUGGGUGACGUUGCCAUCGUAACAAACCGGACAAAGAUUGUAGACUUUACACAACCGUAUGCAGCAUCUGGACUAGUUGUUGUUGCCCCUAAGAAUUUAGAAAAGCUUCCAAUUUUUUUUUGA